GUCGCCCAAACCCUCUCCCAAGUCACACCUGUUCACCAUGCUCGUGUUUUCGUCCCCAAGAUGCGAUUCACUGCUGCCUCGUGGGCCGGGCAAGCAAACCAGCUUCCUCUCCGCCCGCCUCUCGCUACCACUACUGUUGUGGUCCACACAGACCCCUGCUUCCAUUCCUCUCUCACCCCGUACUCCCAAAAGGAAACCUUGUCGACCCUCGCCGCCCAAACGAGCCAAACAGUCACCGCCAAAGUCGACAAAGCCGACAACUCCUUCAACCACCGACAUGUCUCACCAUCCCGGCACUCCGCGCUCUGCAACGUUUUCGCCAACACUGGGAAGCAUUCCAGAAGUCUUCGAAUACGAUUCUCUGGACGCGCAAUUCGGCUCUGCCUCUCUCAACGAUGCUCCAGAAACACCCGAAGCCUUUCUACCCGAGACGUCGAGUAUGAGCCCACCUACUCUCACGCGCGCAACUUCAUGGCCUGCCAUCAUUCAAUCGCCUUCCCGGAGAGUCGCCUCGCCGUUUGCAGUCUCCAAGGCGUUGCGCAGGAUUCUCGAAGCCGACCGUGCUCGGAGAAGGCGCAUCAUGAGAGUCUAUUUGAAAGCAAUCGUCUUUCUCAAGUAUCUCUGGCGCGCCAACGAGCGUUAUGGGAACGUCAUGGUGACUACUGGCAUGUACAUGCAGCGGUGA